AUGAAAGAAAGUUUAGACACACUAUCAUUAACAUUUGAAGAAUUUUGUCAUAUUCGUAAUGUAAUCACACGAGCGGAAUUAGAAACAUUGUUAUUUGAUGAAAAAUUAUAUAUUGAAGUUGCUCAAGGAAAGCUUUGUUUUACAUGUCGAAAAAUUCAUUUUAAUUUAUUAACAUUAACAUUUGGUAUUCAAUGUCGUGUUUGUAAACAACGUGUAUGUAAAUCGUGCACCACACAAAUUGCUGUACCAACAGAAAAAUUAAAUGAUGUACCUGUUCAAGCAUUCACGCCGUCUACCUUUUCUAAACCAUUUCCGUUGAUUAAACAACAAAAAUGUCAUUCAGUUGAGAUGAAAUCACCGGGUACACCAAUGAUAAUGAAUGAUAUAAUAAGUGAAUUACCAAAUCCUCCUUUUCAUCGAAAAUUAUCAUCUCCGUAUACUCGUCCUCCAUCGUCGUCAUUCGAAUAUCAGAGUAAAAAGCCAAAAGUUGAAACAAUAAUAAUUUGCACAGAUUGCUAUUUUCUCCUCAAACAAGUAUUAAAUAAUCAUCGUCAUCGUCAUUUACCCACUUGUCGUGCCUCUACCCUUCCUCGUCCAUCAUCAUUUCAUCGUACUUAUUCUUCUCACUCAACACCAAAUAAUAAUUUAUCCAGCUCAUCGACAUCCUCCUCAUCUUUUCCUCAACAACAACAAACACGAAAUUUACCAAUAAGAGCAACAUCAUCGAUCAACAAUCUAAAAGCAAAAUCGGUGAAUGAAUUAUCGACUACUACCGUUAACAUCACCUCAUUACCUAUCCAAAACACUAAUAAUCGUGUUAGUUUAUCGAGACAAAAUUUAUUUUUAAAAUUAAAGCCAGCUUACGAUAUGACAGUAAUGAAUAGUAGUAAAACAGGAUAA